GUUACCUCCCCGAGCCACCGCCGCCAGGCUCAGCUCGAGCCCCGGAGCCCUUGAGCGCGAGGCGCGGAGCCCCCGAACCUCAGACAGAGCCCCCAGCCGCGCGCCCCGGAGCCCCGGCCUGCGCGCCCCGCCGGGCCCGCGCGAUGCCCUCGGACCGGCCUUUCAAGCAGCGGCGGACCUUCGCCGACCGCUGUAAGGAGGUGCAGCAGAUCCGCGACCAGCACCCCAGCAAGAUCCCGGUGAUCAUAGAGCGCUACAAGGGUGAGAAGCAGCUGCCGGUCCUGGACAAGACCAAGUUCCUGGUCCCAGACCAUGUCAACAUGAGCGAGUUGGUCAAGAUUAUCCGGCGCCGCCUGCAGCUGAACCCCACGCAGGCCUUCUUCCUGCUGGUGAACCAGCACAGCAUGGUGAGCGUGUCCACACCCAUUGCGGACAUCUAUGAGCAGGAGAAGGACGACGAUGGCUUCCUCUACAUGGUCUACGCCUCCCAGGAAACCUUCGGCUUCUGAACCCCAGCCCCUGCCCAUCUGCCCCUCCCUCACCUGAGACACUGCCCCCACCCCUGCCUGGACCUGCCCACCCCUGAAGGACUGGCCCCUGGCUCACCUGGUCUUGACAUGGUGUAUGGAUCUGUGGUCAUUGUCCCUCUGCAGAAUAAAGAUUGCUCAGGCCUGCCUGGC